AUGAUUCCCAAGAUCAUCUCGUUUACUAAAACCUGGCACUCCCAGCCGUACCCCUUCAUCUCGCCCAGUCGCCCAGAGCUGUCCGCCGCCGGCAAGAACGUCGUCGUCACCGGAGGCGGCACGGGCAUCGGGCUGGCCAUCAGCACGGCCUUUGCCCGGGCGGGCGCCAAGUCCGUCACCAUAAUCGGCCGCCGAGUAGAGAAACUCGAGGCGGGAGUCACGGCUAUCAGAGCCGCGGCGGGGCAGUCUGUCGCGGUGCGUUAUGAGGUCGCAGACCUGGUCAGGGCGGACGACGUCCGUCGGGCUCUGCGCUCGACCGUCGACCAUUCCGGCAACAUUGACAUUCUCGUCUCUAACGCCGGCGCUGUUCCGGUGCCCGGGCCCGUGGCCGAUCUGAAGCCCGCGGACCUGACGAGCGCCUUCGAGGGAAACGUGCUGGCGCCGUUAAAUGUGCUCCAGGCAUUCUUGCCUCUUGCUGGCCCGGAGCCUGUUCUCCUCAGCACGUCGUCGUCCAUGUCGCACUGGUCCCCGACGCCGGGAAUGGGGAUCUACACGGUGACCAAAGCCGCCGCCCUGAAGCUCAUGGACGUGGCGGCCGUGGAGAACCCUAAGCUCCGCAUCGUCAAUGUGCAGCCUGGCUGGGUUGCGACGGACAUGAAUGGCCACCAAGAGGAGGCACCGGACUCAGCGGACCUCCCAGGCAACUUCUACGUAUGGCUCGCCUCCAAAGAGGCAGCGCUUUUACGGGGCAAGCUGGUGUGGGCCAACUGGGACGCGGAGGAGCUCGUCGCCAGAGCAUCGGAGAUCGCCAACAGCAGGCUCCUCAGUACAGUCUUGGACGGAGUGCCGAUGUAA